AAUGAGGACUUUUAAUUUAAGACUGGGGCGUCAAUGGAUGUAUUCCACACUGACGCAAACCACGCAAAGACGUUGUUGCAAGACAAUCAGGUUGCGCCAUUUUAAAAAUUAAAGCAGGGGGGGUGAAUUUAUUUUGCUAGCCUAUCUAGCCUAGCUCGUGUAGCUGUAGUUGCGCUUGACAGCUACUGAGUUAGGUGAUCUGGAGAUCUGAAGAGUAGAGUAACUUACUCAGUAAAGUUUAAAAAGGGUCUCGGAAGAGCCACAUUUCAGUGCAAUAUUUUGCACUGCAUUCUUGCAGUUAAGACUACUGUAUUGUACUAACUAGACCGGCUAGGGGUAGUGGGUGGAAACCUGGGCCCAACUUAGUCUACGACACGAAAUCCCUCUCUCACCAUGGCAGGAGCCGGUGGAGGCAAUGAUGUGCAGUGGUGCUUCUCUCAAGUGAAAGGAGCAAUCGAUGACGAUGUCGCAGAAGCUGAUGUCAUAUCCACCGUUGAAUUCAACCACUCUGGGGAUCUACUGGCCACCGGAGACAAGGGGGGCCGCGUUGUCAUCUUUCAGCAGGAGACGGAGAGCAAGAACCAACCACAAUGCAGGGGAGAAUACAAUGUUUACAGCACCUUCCAGAGCCACGAACCAGAGUUUGACUACCUGAAGAGCCUUGAGAUCGAAGAGAAGAUCAACAAGAUCAGAUGGCUACCUCAGAAGAACGCUUCUCAGUUCCUGUUAUCCACGAAUGAUAAGACUAUAAAAUUGUGGAAAAUAAGUGAGCGAGACAAAAGACCAGAGGGCUACAACUUAAAAGAGGAAGAUGGACGCUACAAAGAUCCUACCACUGUCACAACACUACGGGUGCCUGUGUUCCAGCCAAUGGACCUGAUGGUGGAGGCGAGCCCCAGGCGAGUGUUUGCCAACGCCCACACCUACCACGUCAACUCCAUAUCCGUCAACAGCGACUUCGAGACGUACCUGUCCGCGGACGACCUGCGCAUCAACCUCUGGAACUUGGAGAUCACCGAUCGCAGCUUUAACAUUGUGGACAUCAAGCCGACCAACAUGGAAGAGCUGAUUGAGGUGAUCACGGCAGCAGAGUUCCACCCCAACCAGUGCAACACCUUCGUGUACAGCAGCAGCAAAGGCACCAUCCGUCUGUGCGACAUGAGGGCCGCGGCACUCUGUGACCAGCACUCCAAACUGUUUGAGGAGCCUGAAGACCCAAGCAGCCGUUCGUUUUUCUCGGAAAUCAUCUCUUCCAUCUCCGACGUCAAGUUCAGUCACAGCGGGCGCUACAUGAUGACCCGGGACUACCUGUCCGUCAAAAUCUGGGACCUCAACAUGGAGACUCGCCCCGUAGAGACGUAUCAGGUCCAUGAAUACCUCAGGAGUAAACUGUGUUCUCUCUAUGAAAAUGACUGCAUCUUUGACAAGUUUGAGUGCUGCUGGAAUGGUAACGACAGCGUCGUGAUGACUGGAUCUUACAACAACUUCUUCCGGAUGUUCGAUCGCGGUUACCGACAAGACGUGACGCUGGAGGCCUGUCGGGAGGGCAGCAAGCCUCGCUCGGUGCUCAAGCCCAGGAAGGUGUGCACGGGCGGGAAGCGCAAGAAGGACGAGAUCAGUGUGGACAGCUUGGACUUUAACCAGAAGAUCCUGCACACAGCCUGGCACCCCCAGGACAACAUCAUCGCCGUGGCCACCACCAACAACCUUUAUAUAUUUGAGGACAAGCUGAACUAGUGUCCAGUGACCCCCUCCCAAACACGUCUUAUCCCUGAUCCCACUUAAGCGUUGCUCUUCCGAUCCCCUAAGUCUACUUCUGGAGAAGGACUCGUUUCUGGUUGUCCGCUCUUCCCCGGCCACCGUGCAACUGUUUUCCACUACAUCCCAAAAGGGAACACUGUCUCUUUAGUCAUUUUGUUUUUGUUUUUUUUUCUCUGUUCAUUCAUUGCCCGGUUUCAAUGCCAUUACGACAUUAUUUGUUUGUAUGCAAGCAUGUUUUAUGUCGUUCAAAAUAGGGUGGGAUUUCUACUAAAUCUCAUUUCUCCAUCUUCCACAAAGAUGCCAUUCUGCUCGGGUGAAAGUUUGCUACAACCACAGCGAGCUGUCGACUCCUUAUUUACCCCAGGCGUUUGUUAGGUUGCCAAGUUGCCUCCCCCCCCACACACACUCAAAUAAAGUUACACACUUGCCAUUGAUAUAGACUCUCACACACACACACACAAAGCUGAGCACUACUAUGUAUCUGAUACCAGGAGUUUAUACAGUGUGCAGACAAGGGGUAACACCAGUAAGCACAGAGUCACUCUCCAGUGACUGAUUCAAGCCAUCCAAUCUUAAUGUAGGCUGGUUGUGUGCAAACAACCAGCUCUCAGUCUCGUACCCCGUGCCACCAUGUGAAGCUCAGCACAAGCGCUGGUGCCCAGCUGUGAAAGGCUACGUCCAGGCCACUGAUGUGCCUGGUCGGUCUCGUUUUAACGGUUUUUAAGGAUACUCAACUAAAUGUUGUGUUUUGAUUUUCCCCCUCCUCUGAAUCAGGUUUGGGUUUGUAUGAAUUUUUUUGUGUUUUUUUUUGUACUGCACUUAACACAAAAAAUAAUUACUUGUAUUUGGUUUAUUUUUGUAUGAAUUAAAAUGGGAAUUCUGCUAACGUUAGAUGUCCAGUCUACUGUUAGUGUAGUCUGAUCACUGUAGUUUGUUUUAUCUGUUGGUCUGGGGCAGAGUUAUACACUCAGGGUAUUAUUGGGAUUGGUAGGAGAUGUUGCUUGAAUGUGAGCACUGUGUUCUGGCGGGCAGAUAAUGGUGGGCUGAUGCAUACUUAUAUACCACUAUCCAUGUAUGUGAUGUUCAAAAAGAGUGUUCUCAGGUUACCAUGCUUCUAGUCUUAGGAGCAGAGGUUGCAUUCUGUCUGAGCACAUCAAGAUACGAUUCUGUAUUUCAGUUACUCUAAAUUGAUCAUCAGCGAUUUGGAAAUUCUAAAUGAACUUGAAACUAAGCUGAGUUGUGUGACUUUCUGCUGGUUAGCUUCCGGGGUGGCCCUUCCCUAUAGUUGCGUUAGUGGAACACUGGAACCGCCAUAAAGAAUCAAGUCACAUGGUUUCCAUUGUGUGGUCAAAGUCGGAAAGCUAUUCUCCUUUGCCUCAAUUUAGUCAUAAAAUCAAAAGGUGUCCGGGCUAUGUACUGAUUUGGUUGGACAAAUCUUUGCUCAAAUAUGGAAAAUACAGUGUGGGGAGAAGUGUCAAGACAAAACGGGACUACGUUGUUUUUGCAUACAUCAUUAGGUUGAGUCACUCGCUCUGUCAAGUUUCAGGGCUUAAGGAGAGAGUAUUUCAAACUGGCAUUACCUGCACUUGUACUGUAUUAGUUUCCAGUGGCAUUCUUUUAAUUGCAUUUUGGAUUAUGUGGGUAGAUUUAUUUUGGUCCGUACCACAUAUGUUAUUUAUGUUGACACUUGAAUGACAAGGCACUCUUUUUUGAGCCACUGUAUCCUUGUUAUUUAAGUUCAGGAUUGUUUACAAUUUGUUGCCAAUUGUAAAUAAUUCAUAAUCUCUUACUAGCAAUGCCACCGGUGCAUGUCAUAGCUGUGGAUGUUAUUGUAAGUUAUGGCACUGUCCUGUCAUUGUCACGUUGUUUCGAGGACAUUUUCUGUUGUGACAAGAGGAGCAAAGUUUGUAAUAUAUAUGUUUACCAGACUCAACCUAUUCCACCAUCACACUCAAAUCACAGUAAAUAACAAACGACAGUUCAACUUUAAUUUAGCUGACACUUAUCGACGGCCUACCAAUACUGUUAGUAUUUCCCACAUACACAGUCCUUUGCUCAUUUGUUGGUUAGAGACCACCAAAUGUAAAGACCCUUAUUGCCUUUCUCAUUGCAGUAUAGGAAAUAAGAUAAUCAAGUAUGUUUCUUAAACUGGCAGGCCAGGACGGGGUCGGCUCAGGGGAAUUUGACUUAUACGUGAGGGACAGAACACACUUUUUUUUAUUUUUGAGAUUUUUGGGGGAUUUGUAUGUUUUGUUAAUUUGUUUCAAGUGGCUUUUGAAUAAACAUUUUUGAGAAUA